CUGCCAACCGUUUGGCCCUCCGACCACAAGUCGGAAAAGUCAAUUUUGCCGUGUCAAUUGUCAGACCCGUGUUUCUGUUAAUUCGUCUCGUUUUCUCCCUUCCCCUGCGGGCUGGAGAGCGGCGGCGAACGAGACAAGGUCACCGGUGACGCUCCUCACCUACUCCCUGCCGCCUUUCGCUUUCCGGCCCGGCCUGCCGCAAGCUCGCGCGCCGCCUACAUCGACCCCUCCCCGCGCCGCAGGCCGCCUCCCACAGACGCGGGGCAGCCACGUCGCCCGGCUCGGAGGGAUUCGGUUCGGCCCGUCGUGCUCCCCUCCGCACUCUUCUAUUGGCCUGGAGAGCAGCGGAGAUCCACCAGCAAUUUGGAUUGCUUCUCCUUUUUCUUGGAUAUACUUGGUCUCCUCGGUGUUGGCUAGGCAAUCCAGCUUUCCAAAGUGUGAUCGGACAGGUUUAUUUUGGUUCUGAGAUGGCUGAUGAGGACUCAUCCGACUUCACCUUCUGCAGGGGUGAUCAGAGAAAUUGGCAGCAGAAGCACUUCAUUACCAAAACUGUUGGAUGACACCUCUCUCUCUCUCUCUCUCUCUCUUUGCCAUAAAACAAAAUUAUGGAGUUGUUUUAAUGAGACCUCCAGAGACACCAACGGAGACCUCCAGAGGCACUAGUGCGUAGUGGUCCUAAGGCACGAUAGUAAUGAGAAGAGAAGAAUAUGAAGAUCGAAGACUUGAAAGGAUGGAAUAUAUUCAAAGAUUUAGCCUUCAAUACGAGUGCAUGAAAAAUAACUAUUCAUGUGCCUGAACCUAAAGCAACUAUUCAUGUGCCUGAACCUUGACUUGUUGGUUUGUUGGGUUUUAACUCUAGUCUUCCCCAACUUACUUGGGACUAAAAGGCUUUGUUGUUGUUGUUGUUGUUUUAAGGAGUUAUUGAAGAUGCUCUUGCUGCUCAUGCCGUUGGAUUGAGUCAAUUACUUGUGAACAAUACAAAGCUAGUGCAUCUUUAUGGUUCUGCAGAAAAUGACGGUCAACCAGAAUCUCCUAAAGCCAUUCCUAUGGCAAGUAUGACGCUCGAGGAUGUUCGUGUUAAAAGUGCAGAUACUUCAAAGAAUAAUGGCAUGAAAACUGUUGACUCAGAAAAAGAUAGGUCUGGUAACAAUGUCAGUGUUUCAACAAAAGACGAUAACAUGAAAGCACCAGUUACACAUACAGGUAGUGGAGCAGAAUCAAAUGUCCCAUUACAGGCAAAACGUUCAUCCAAGAAACCCGCAGCACGGGCAAAGGUUCCUUUUGAGAAAGGCUAUAGUCAAAUGGAUUGGCUAAAACUGACACAAACACAUCCUGAUCUAGCUGGGCUUAAGGGGCAGUCAAACCGAAGGUUAAUUUCUUUGGAAGAGGUUAAGCAGCACAAAGCAGGAGAUUGUAUUUGGACAGUUCUCAAAGGCCGCGUGUACAACAUUGCUCCAUACAUGAAAUUUCAUCCUGGAGGUGUUGAUAUGCUUAUGAAAGCCGCUGGGAAAGACUGCACUGCUUUGUUCAAUAAAUACCAUGCUUGGGUAAAUGCAGAGUUCCUCCUGGAGAAGUGCCUUGUCGGAUUCCUUGAUCCCACCGCGUAGAUAUCCAGGUCUCAUGGCAUUUUAUCACACCCGGACUGUUUGUAGGGCAGGCACCUCAGUCGACGAAUUAAAGAAUCUAAAUGUUUGUAUCACAACGGGAGUACAACAAUUAAAUUCUGUUUCAAAAAGAAAACGGAAUUGUUAUGACGAUGAGAAAAAAUCAGUCUAAUACUGGUAUGCCAUUACAGUGCGAGGUGAAUUACAACACCUGAUGAAAUUACUGCAUUGUCAAUAUGAAAACAUGUGGUUGUUUAUAUAUACCUGGGGUAUAAUCCUUUCCAAGCGCUGUAAUAUGCAUGUAUAUUGUUUUUUUCCA